CAACACCACCACUGCAGUCAACCCCGACUUCACCCCUCGUCCAUCCUGCUCGCCCUCCAGAAUGCUGUCCAGGACAAUUAGGCGGAGCAUUGCCUCACCCUUGAGGCGCAAUGCCAUCAUCCCUGUUGCGCGCCCCGCCUUCAGGUCUGUCACCACCGACGCCGCUUCAUCCCAUACCGACCCGGCCAAUGUGCCUUCAGAGGACGACAAGCCCUUUGAGAUCCGCCUCUCGGACGAGGCAUUCGAGACAUAUGAACUCGACCCGCCGCCAUACACCAUGGACGUCACCAAGAAGGAGCUGAAGCAGAUGUACUACGACAUGGUCGCUGUCCGACGCAUGGAAAUGGCCGCUGACAGGCUGUACAAGGAGAAGAAGAUUCGGGGUUUUUGCCAUCUGUCCACCGGUCAAGAGGCCGUCGCCGUCGGUAUCGAACACGCCAUUGAACGCGCCGACCAUCUCAUCACCGCCUACCGUUGCCACGGCUUCGCUCUGAUGCGCGGCGCGACCGUCAAGUCCAUCAUCGGUGAAUUGCUCGGCAGGAGAGAGGGUAUCGCCUACGGAAAGGGUGGAUCCAUGCACAUGUUCGCCCCCGGCUUCUACGGUGGAAACGGUAUCGUUGGUGCUCAGGUCCCCGUUGGUGCUGGUAUCGCCUUCGCAUGCCAGUACACCAAUAAGAAGAACGUUACCCUGGCCCUCUACGGAGACGGUGCUUCCAACCAGGGUCAAGUCUUCGAGGCUUUCAACAUGGCUAAGCUCUGGAACUUGCCUGUCAUUUUCGGUUGCGAGAACAACAAGUAUGGUAUGGGUACCGCUGCCAACCGCUCAUCUGCCCUCACCGAUUACUACAAGCGUGGUCAGUACAUUCCCGGUCUGAAGAUCAACGGCAUGGACGUCCUUGCCGUCAAGGCCGCCGUCAAGUACGGAAAGGAGUACGCUGCCGCUGGCAAGGGUCCCCUCGUUUACGAAUACGUCACCUACCGUUACGGAGGACACUCCAUGUCGGACCCCGGAACCACAUACCGAACCCGUGAGGAGAUUCAGCGUAUGCGCAGCACAAACGACCCUAUUGCCGGCCUCAAGCAGAAGCUCCUUGACUGGGGCGUCACGUCCGAGGAGGAGCUCAAGUCCAUCGACAAGCAGGCCCGUUCUGACGUCGAUGCUGAGGUUGCCGAGGCGGAAAACAUGGCUCCCCCCGAGCCCACCGGCAAGGUCCUGUACGAGGACAUCUAUGUCCGCGGCUCCGAGCCUGAGUUCCUGAGGGGACGCAUUCCCGAGGAGAACUUCUACUACACUGAGCACGACAUGGGUGGUGAGAAGAAGCCUGUCGCCAGGACAGCAUAAAGGCUCUCCCUUUUUUACGAGAUUUAGACAUCCCCGCACAUGAGCCGUAGGGGAGCAUGUGGCGCAGGGAAAGAAGGGGAAUUGUAAUUCUAGGAUUUUGAAGGCUUUCUACAUGCGUGUAAACAGCCAAGGAGCAUAGUUCGUGCAUUGAAUGACAUUCUUGAAACCAUCCCCUUCUUUCUAUUUCAUGGGCACAAUGAUGAUUUUUGAAAUUUCCAAUCUCCGUAAUUUUAGCAGGGUGACGUAUGGCGUGCAUGUUUUCAUGUUGAAUUGCGAUUAUAUUGGAUUU